AUGAAUUGCACCCGCUGCCUACGGACGGCCAUCCAGCGCCCUAUCGCCCUCCCCUUCCGCCGCAACAUCACCACAUCGCCUUCGCUCGCAGCCACCGCCGCACCACGACAGGGCAACCCAAACAGCUCUGCUCACACACCUUCCGCCGCCACAUCGACAGGCGCUGCACAACCCUUUUCCACACCUUUGAGUCCGUUGCCCUCGGCUGCUGAACUCCAAGCACCCAGUGCAGAGAAAGCAGCUCCCACGGUCAAGAGCUCCGUUGCUGCUGGCACGCCAUUGAAAGGCUUGAAUUUCGUCAAGGGAAAGAACGAUCCUGUUGCGUUGGAGGACGGAGAGUAUCCUGCUUGGUUGUGGGGGAUCUUGAAGAAGAAGGGUGCGGAGGGUAGCGAUGGUGCUGCGAGUGUUGAGGGAGAUUUGUUUUCCAAAUCCAAAAAGCAACGCCGUGUAGCCGCCAAAGCACUCCGCAAACAACAACUACUCAAUCCGGAAGCCCUCGCCCCUAAGAUCCCUCUGCACGAACAAACCAUUGAUCUGCCUGCCGGAGAUGGAAGUCUGCAAGGUGCAAUUGAGGCUAUGGAAGCGAGAGAUGCGUUGACCAAGUCUAUGAGGAAGAACAGACGUGCCAAGAUCAAGGAGGCCAAUUUCUUGAAGGCUAUGGGUUAG